UAGCCCCUUUUUCCAGGGGACGAUUCUGCUCUUCAGUCUACAAGACCCCCCAUCAAAUCCGUCUCUCUUCGCUUGGAAGCCCUAAAACCUUAUCGUCCAAUCCAUCUGACUUCCCGCCGGUGUUUUCGAUUCCUGCUCCGAUGGCGGGGGCGGUGCUCGAUUGGUCGACCUCUACAUCCAGAUAUUCAUCUCAGUCUGCUGGAGAAAUCUGUGGGCUUUGUUGACCAGAAAGGUCUAUUUAGGCCAUCUAUUGGUUGCAAGGAGUAAAAUUUUCUUUUUGCGCAUAAUUAUUCAUGCGCAACUUUUUCAACACUUAAAUAGACAUCUUAUCUUGAAGGAAUAGAAGGAUUCAUAUUCUCCAUUUUGCUGUUGUUUUUCCUCCAUGGAAUCGAUAUGGAAGCUCUCACAUUUGCUAGAACCAACAUCUCUGACACUUAUCGUGACGGCAGUCUUUGUAACCUUUGCAGCAGCAUCCCGGGCUUUGGAUCAUGGCAAAGAAAUGGAGAGGAACCUGGAUUUCUCCGAGGCUUCCAUCACCUUAGAUAGAUCACAAGCACUAAUGAUACCGCUUGCUAGCUCUUGCAGUCUUCUGAUAAUGUUCUACCUCUUCUCUUCAGUAUCUCAUUUGGUCACUAUCUUCACUGCUGUUGCCUCAGCUUCAGCACUCUUCUUCUGUUUAUCACCCUAUGUUGCGUACUUCAAGAACAGGUUAGGAUUAAUGGAUCCAUUUGUCUCUAGGUGCUGCUCCAAAUCCUUCACCCGUAGCCAAGGAAUCCUUCUGCUGAUUUGUAUAGGAACUGUGAUCUGCUGGCUUAUUUCUGGGCACUGGUUGCUGAACAAUAUAUUGGGAAUUUGUAUAUGUAUAGCAUUUGUGAGCCAUGUGAGGCUACCUAAUGUCAAGAUCUGUUCUCUGUUACUGGUUUGCUUGUUUGUUUAUGAUAUCUUUUGGGUGUUCUUCUCGGAAAGGUUCUUUGGAGCAAAUGUUAUGGUUUCUGUUGCCACACAAAAAGCUUCCAAUCCUGUUCAUACGGUGGCAAACAGCUUGAGCCUCCCUGGGUUGCAGCUGAUUACAAAGAAGCUCGAGCUUCCAGUGAAGCUUAUAUUCCCUAGAAAUCUUUUGGGUGGGGUUGUACCUGGCCACAAUUCAUUGGAUUAUAUGAUGCUGGGUCUUGGAGAUAUGGCCAUUCCCGGCAUGCUCAUGGCUUUGGUGCUUUGUUUCGAUCAUCGAAAAAGCAAAGAAAGCUCAGUGGACUCAGCCUCCAGAGGACACAAGUAUGUUUGGUAUGCAGUUUCUGGGUAUGCAGUAGGCCUUGUUGCUGCUUUAGCAGCAGGGAUCCUUAGUCAAUCUCCUCAGCCUGCUCUUCUUUACCUGGUGCCUUCAACUUUGGGACCUGUUGUUUUCCUUUCAUGGAGCAGAAAUGAAUUAGCUGAGCUAUGGGAAGGUCCAAAGCAGAUUGCAAAUGAGAAGGCUCACUCAAUGGAGGCUUGAAACUUGGAA